AGAAUUGCUUUUCCUUUGAAACUCUCCUCCUAGUACUAUUCGCUGCAACUUUUCACCAGCUAAACCUCAGUGAGAACUCAUACUUUUAGUCUCUAGAUUCCAGAUCUUCUUCUUCCUUAUUUUUUGAGGAAGAUAUUCGAUUGAUUAAUCUGAUCGAUUAACAUAAUGGCAUUCGAGAAGAUCAAGGUUUCCAAUCCCAUCGUUGAGAUGGACGGUGACGAGAUGACCAGAAUUUUUUGGAAAUCUAUUAAAGACAAGCUUAUAUUCCCAUUCGUGGAUUUGGAUAUUAAGUACUUCGACUUAGGUCUUCCUCAUCGUGACGAUACCGAUGACAAAGUUACUGUUGAAAGUGCGGAAGCUACUCUUAAGUACAAUGUUGCAAUCAAGUGCGCAACUAUUACUCCAGAUGAAGAUCGUAUGAAGGAGUUUAAAUUGAAAAGCAUGUGGAGGAGUCCAAAUGGAACUAUCAGGAACAUUUUGAACGGGACUGUGUUCAGAGAGCCCAUUAUCUGCAAAAAUGUGCCAAGACUUGUUCCAAGUUGGACUAAACCUAUAUGCAUUGGGAGGCAUGCAUUUGGUGAUCAGUACAGAGCAACUGAUGCAGUUAUCAAAGGACCUGGCAAACUCAAGCUGGUUUUUGUACCAGAAGGCAAAGAGGAUCAAACAGAAAUGGAGGUUUACAAUUUCACUGGUGCUGGAGGAGUAGCCUUGGCCAUGUAUAACACUGAUGAGUCCAUCCGUUCGUUUGCUGAGGCUUCGAUGGCAACAGCUUACGAGAAGAAGUGGCCACUUUAUCUUAGCACAAAGAACACAAUUCUAAAGAAAUACGAUGGAAGGUUCAAGGACAUUUUCCAAGAAGUGUAUGAAACUCAAUGGAAAUCCAAGUAUGAAGCUGCUGGGAUAUGGUAUGAACACCGUCUCAUUGAUGAUAUGGUUGCCUAUGCACUUAAGAGUGACGGUGGUUAUGUCUGGGCAUGUAAGAACUAUGAUGGUGAUGUACAGAGUGAUUUCUUAGCCCAAGGUUUCGGAUCCCUUGGAUUGAUGACAUCAGUGUUGGUAUGCCCAGAUGGAAAGACCAUUGAAGCUGAAGCAGCCCAUGGCACAGUGACACGUCACUACCGGGUUCACCAAAAAGGAGGUGAAACCAGUACAAACAGCAUAGCUUCGAUCUUUGCUUGGUCAAGAGGUCUUGCUCAUAGAGCAAAGUUAGACGACAAUGCUAGACUUUUGGAUUUCACCGAGAAGCUGGAAGCAGCUUGUGUUGGAACUGUUGAAUCAGGAAAGAUGACCAAGGAUCUUGCACUUCUCAUUCAUGGAUCCAAGGUUUCUAGGGACCAGUAUCUCAACACUGAAGAGUUCAUCGAUGCCGUGGCGGAGGAGCUGAAAGCAAGACUUUCUGGCAAAUCAAAGUUGCCUGAAUAAAGCACCAUAAAAGGCUAAGGGGGGUUAUUCAAGUCAGAUGGCGAUGAUUGUGGUUGGGAUGAGAAUAAAAGUGUCGCGUUUGUGUUUUAACGGGAGAGUUUACUCUUGCUGUCGUGGUGGUUAUGCUUGUGUAAGGAAUUCCAUAAUUCUUCGUUCUCUCUUUGGUACUAAAUCUUAUUAGAUAACAAGUAACACAACUCGUCUUUUCUAUUUAAUGUUUUUUAUAAAUCUCUAUCUUAACUAUCGACAUAAUCAUAACAGGAAGAGUUUUCCACUGAAAAACAGCUCUCAUUUUUUUUUUC